AUGGAGGCUCCAGGUGUGUCGAUGCCGGCAAAGUUUCCGAGGCCCUCCGCUGUUUUUUCUACAAUGUUGGAGAAAUGCGGUGGUUGUGUUUUGCCGCAUCCUGUAGUUGCUGUGCGUACCGUUAAUUUACCUUGCGGUUGCGUGGUGUUGGCUGCUGGUGGUGGCAUCGUCUCAGUAGCCUUGUUAUCGACAAUGAUGCGAUCUCUGCCGUUAGAGGGCGGUGCCGCUGUUGAGGAAAUGUGUGCGCUUGGUCCAUUAGUGGAAGUGGGGAAUCUGGUUUUCACGAGUGGCCUUGUGACAUGUAUGACGGUUGCGCUUCUGCCGGGCGGUGGUGCGGCUUUGGCUAUUGUAGGGACGAGUUGUGGUUCGCUGUGCUUGUUUGUGGUGGAAAGUCGUGCUGGUGGAAACCAACCGGCGCUUUUUAAGGUGUGCGAGACGUCUCUCUGCGAGUACUCUGACGGGUUAAUUUCUGUGGAGGACUUAGUGACGGAUGUCUGCGUUGGUUUUGACCCGGCGGGGCGACCGGAAUUUAUUGUCGCGGCUUCAUCGACAUGUGUGGUGGUGGUUGACACGCAGCGCUUUGAUGAGUUUUUGAGGGCGAAGGCAACGGAAGCGGUAGUGCGGGUGUUUACUAAAAACCACCCGCCGCAUGUUGGACAGCCGAUGAGUGACACUUUUUGUGUUUCAUUUGCGACAGCCGAAGUGGUGCGAGUGUUGGUACCAGAGCGCUACCAUGCUGCCUUCACGAUGGAUGUGGCUCUUGUGGUUGUGCUUGACAAUGGGGAGGUGCGCUAUAUCACACGUAGUGUUGUGGGUGGUUCUGUGCAGCUGCUAAUUGAACACCACAUGCAGCGACAGGCACGACAGAGUGAGGUUGGACUCUCCAUUUUGUUAGAUGACGAUCCAAUUCGGGGCAGUCCACGAGCGUUGCCACAUGUGUUGUAUGCGUACAGUCUUUCGGAUGUUGUGCACAACGUCUGUACCUCGGCGGUGGGACCGCUUGCGGCCAAAAAAAUUAUUUUAAACGAUGCCACGCUUUGCUACAAUGCUGCCGCACGUCAGAUGCGACUUAUUGUUGCCGGUGCAGAGGGGCAGUCUGCUGAGCGUACAGGACAAAAUUGCAUCGCGUCAGGGUGGUGGGCAAUUGCUUAUAAUGUCGUGUGUCCCAACGACACGUUGAAACAUGCACAGUCACUGACGGUGUCAAGUUUUUCAGCUCUCAAUUCGAGUUUACUGCCACGUGAUCGUCGCGGUCUGGCGGCUGUUUUGGCCGUUUCUGACAACCAACUGCUGUUUGCGUGCGGUAACGAACUGCACUUAUGCACCGUCGCCGGGGAUUCAAUGAGCGGUGGUUACGGCUCCUUGCGGCAUGUGCACACAACCAGAUCCGUUGUCAACAGCGUGGCAACCGCAGGGUCGCUGGGCGGUGGGAAGUCUUUUGUUAUUGUUGCAUGUGGAUCGUCGCUCACACUCUUGCAGAUUUAA